GAUGAGGAAAGGCUUAGAGUAAGUUAUGAAAAGAAGUGCAAGAAACUGAAGGUUUUGGAUGACCGAGGAGCAGAGACUAGUAAGCUUGAUGCAACGCGGGCUUCAAUUAGAAAGUUGUUGACAAAACUCAAUAUUUGUAUCAAAGCUAUUGAUGCUAUAUCAAUCAGGAUACACAAGCUGAGGGAUGAGGAGUUGCAGCCUCAAGUCACUGAGUUGAUCCAAGGACUAGUAAGAAUGUGGAAGUCCAUGCUCAAGUGUCACCAGAAGCAGUUUCAAGCUAUCAAGGAGAGUAAAAUUCGAAAUUUGAGAGCAAACAGUGGCUCUAGAAGAGAUACUAGCUUGAGGGCUACUCUUGAACUCGAAAUGGAGCUCCUUAGAUGGUGCAACUGUUUUAAUGAUUGGAUUAACACUCAGAAGUCCUAUGUUGAGUCCUUAAAUGGGUGGCUUCUGCAGUGCCUUGAUUAUCAGCCAGAAGAAACCCCCGAUGGACCUGUUCCCUUCUCGCCGGGCAGGAUUGGAGCUCCUCUGAUUUUUGUAGUUUGCAACGAUUGGUAUCAAGCUAUAGAAACAAUUUCAGAAGCUGGGGUGGCAAAUGCAAUGCGUAAUUUUGCUUCGAGCUUGCGACGCUUAUGGGAGAGACAAGAUGACGAGCAGCGCCAGAGACUGAAAGCAGACUACAUUUCGAAGGAUUUUGAGAAACGGCUAAGAACACUUCAGAUGGAGAGAGGAAGAAUGAAACAUCAGCAGGAUACAAUAUCAGGAAAAACUGGGGUGUCAAUUGUUCCAUCUGAACGUGGAGUUUCGCCAUUGGAUGAUCUAAAGGUAGAUUUGGAUUCGAUAAAAGAAAGGUUGGCCGAAGAGAAAGCAAGACACAAAGAGGCUGUGAAAUUAGUGCAUGAUGCAGCUUCUAGUAGUUUGCAGGGAGGUUUGGUACCUAUUUUCAAGGCUUUGGAGGAAUUCACUUCAGCGGCGUUGAAAGCUCACGAGCAAAUUAGGACAAGAAAUAACGGGCAGAGCUAAUAAGGGAAGGUAUAUUUUUAACUCGGAAAUGAGCUGGUUUCUUUCAUGAAAGAUUCCUGUUUUAAGCAGCCAGGGCGGUGGUAGGAUCAGCUACAGUUAACAGUGAUGAAAUCAGGAUAGAAAGAACGAGAAUUAAAUUUGAGUCGAGAACAUCAUCGAAAAGAUGUUGAAAACAAAAGGGGUUGUGGAACCACUUCUAGAGAGCAUGCAGGUUGGCAGAAGAUGAAGUGUUCUCUCGUUCAAAAAUUUGGUAGAAGAACAAAGGUGGUGUUUUAGAAGUUGUAGUUGGAACGAUUGACAAGCAUUCGUUCACUUCAUCGAGACGUCGCAGAUUCGAGUUGUGGAAUCAGACUCAAAAGGGUUGCUUACUGAUAUUUCUCUCAGAUCCCACCAUCUUGUGCUUUUCAUAAAGGUGGUGUUUUGUAUUUUGGUUUUGCUACAACCCCAAGUACAUAGGUAGGACUUUGUACAGAAAUUCUUUGAUUUGUUAAUUGGUUGGUGGUGUUUUGUAUUUUGGUUUCACUCGUGUUAUUUUCGUGUCGUAUCACUUUCGGUAUAUGUCGGG